AGGCAACGCAAAAACCGUUCUAUGACAGUUUGACCUUCAAGUGCUCAGCGACCUCCAACGAUGGACGUUGCCACUGAGGGGUGGUUGCCGAUGUGUGGUUAGUGGUUUUCGUGCUUUUCGUACUUUCUCGUUCUCGUGGUUUUAAUUCUAAGCAAUUUUCAGCAACGGGAGUCACCAUUGCAUUCCGUCACAUUCUAUGUUUCUAUUUCGGUAUUUGAGGACUAAAGAAUUGUCGAGAAAUUCAUCUAUAAUGCAAUGUGAAUGCCUUUUGAUCUUUUAUUUAAGCACAUCAGAUACUACAAAAAUUUCAGAAUUUGUGUAUAUUUUCAGAUAGUUUGACCAGUUGUGUACAAACACAGCAACAUUCUAGCCUUUUGUUAAAGCGAUAGCUGUGAACUUCGGUCUGAACGAGCUCGUGUCUUAUAUAAAGUGUUGGUUCAUCUAUUGAUAAAGUUUUCGGAGUAUACAGAUUUGUAAUGCUUAAUUUUCUAGAGUAAUCUUGUCAUUACUUAAUGCAAUUCUGUAUUUCCUUUUAACUCAGUAACACGUUUCCCGAAUAUAAAACAAGUGGUUCGUCGCAUAUAAAUUUGUCAUGUCUCCCGAUGCAUUUCAAAAAGAUGUAGCGCAGUAUGGAGAUUGUGUUAUAAUCGAUUUGGGGAGUUUCAAGAAUCUAACUACAGUGCUUAAGAAGGGCGAUGUGUUACAGACACGUUUUGGAGCAUUGAGACAUGAUGAUUGUGUAGGAAAAAAGUAUGGAUCGAAGAUCCAAACAUCGCGUGGAUAUGUGUAUAUAUUAGCGUUAAGUCCAGCUCUAUGGUCAGAAACAUUGCCUCAUCGGACUCAAAUAAUUUAUCCAUGUGAUGCAAGUUUAAUUGUUGGGGGCUUAGAUUUGGCUCCUGGGAAAUGGGUGUUCGAAGCGGGGACAGGCAGCGGAUCAUUGACGCAUUUCUUAGCUCAAGCUGUAUUACCCCAUGGUCAUGUUCAUACGUUUGAUUUUCAUAGUGAACGUGUUAAGUUGGCAUCUGAAGAGUUCAAUUCACAUUCACUUGGGGAUGUUGUGAAGGUUGAUAUCCGUGAUGUUUGUAAUGAUUAUUUUCCACCAAUCGGGAGUGAAUUAAAUCCUAAUGGUGUAGAUGCUGUUGUCUUGGAUCUGCCUAGGCCAUGGGUAGUUAUUCCUCAUCUUGGACGUACUCUCCGCCCUGAUUCAAUUGGUCGUGUAUGUUUAUUCUCACCUUGUAUCGAACAAGUUCAGAGAUCCUGUACAGCUUUACUAGAAUCAGGUUUUCAACAUAUAAGCACAGUUGAAUGUCUGGAGAGGGAGUAUGACGUGUCACGAACAACGUUGAACAUUCCAAAUAUGGGGCAGCAAACUGCUUCCAUUUGGCUUCAAAGUGGUUUCAGUGAAUAUAUGAGUUCUGUUUCGCAAUUCAACAAACAUCUGCUUCCUCCUCCUAAAACAUCCGAGAUAGAGAAUAUUCAUUGUAAACGCAGUCAUCCAAAUCCAGAGCUAGGUAAAUCGAUCAAUCCUAAACAACUUAAAGGUAUCGAGAGUUCUACAAAAGUUGAAAAUAGCUUUACUUGGGAACCGAUUCUACAACCUAAAAUGCGGGGUCAUACGGGUUACAUAACUUUUGCCACAUGGAUACCGAGCACACAGCCAAAUGUUUCAAGCACAGAGUGUACAGAAUUCAUGCCGUCUAUGGAUGAAUAAGACUUCUUAAUAUUAGAUUAUGUAAAAAUAAAUAUGUAAUGCUAAUGUUUUUC